CGGCCUCUUCCGGCCGGGUCUGGGGUCUGUGCUGCGGAGUGCGGAGUGCGGGGUCGGGGUCUGGGACGGCGGCCGGCCUGGCCAUGCUGCAGCUGCGGGACUCGGUGGACUCGGCGGGCACGAGCCCCACGGCGGUGCUGGCGGCCGGCGAGGAGGUCGGCGCGGGCGGCGGCGGCGGGGUCGGGGGGCGGCCGGGCGCGGGCACGCCGCUGCGCCAGACCCUGUGGCCGCUCAGCGUCCACGACCCCACGCGCCGCGCCCGCGUCAAGGAGUACUUCGUGUUCCGGCCCGGCACCAUCGAGCAGGCGGUGGAGGAGAUCGGCGUGGUGGUGCGGCCGGUGGAGGACGGCGACAUCCAGGGCGUGUGGCUGCUGACCGAGGUCGACCACUGGAACAACGAGAAGGAGCGGCUGGUGCUCAUCACGGACCAGGCGCUGCUCAUCUGCAAGUACGACUUCAUCGGCCUUCAGUGCCGGCAGGUGGUGCGCGUGGCCUUGAGCGCGGUGGACACCAUCUCCUGCGGGGAGUUCCAGUUCCCCCCGAAGUCGCUCAACAAGCGAGACGGUCUCGGGAUUCGCAUUCAGUGGGACAAGCAGAGCCGUCCUUCCUUCAUAAACAGAUGGAACCCCUGGUCCACCAACGUGCCCUACACCACGUUCAUAGAGCACCCGAUGGCCGGUGCGGAUGAGAAGACGGCCUCUCUGUGCCAAUUGGAAAGCUUCAAAGCUAUGUUAAUCCAAGCUGUCAAAAAAGCCCAAAAAGAGAGUCCUUUGCCGGGGCAAGCCAGCGGUGUACUGGUCCUGGAGCGUCCCCUCCUCAUUGAGACCUACGUGGGAUUGAUGUCCUUCAUUAACAACGAAGCUAAAUUGGGCUAUUCCAUGACCAGAGGCAAAAUAGGCUUCUAGACACUGUCACAGGCAGACCAGGGAACUUGGGGCGUCGGACACGCCGGCUCUGCUGCCCCUGCAGGGUCGGGGCUGUGAACCUUUAGGGGUCUGAGCGCGAUUAGAAAAUAGUCAAAUGAAUUCUAUGCUCUAGCUGAGUCGUGGACAUCUGGCAAUAGGAGCUACGGACAAAAAGGAAGCUAGCUGUCCCUGUCUUGGCCGGUAUUCCGUCUUCUAGAACCUGUUUCCGUGCUUUUCCUGGAGUGUCUGCAUUUGGCUUCUCGUGGUCCUUCCCGCCCAGCACUCUGGCGUGUUAAUAAACGUGUGGUCCCACCAGAACCUC